AUGAAAUUUGUUACAUUAUUCAGCAUAGUAAAUGCAAUUAGUGUUGAAUGUGCCAGUUUGCAGUUUUUCGAUUAUCAGGGAGAGUUUAUUCCAUACCAGCAGGAUAUUUUGAAGAGUGGUUCAUAUGACAGUGAUGGGUUUAAAGAUGCAACCUUGGAGGAAAAAUGGGGGCAAGAAUGGGCGUUUGACGGUAUACCAACGUUUGCACAUCUAAAUCACACCAGAUGUCUGCUUGACGACCAAGUGUCGUUUGAUAUUGGUAUUAUUGGCAUACCAUUUGAUACUGCCACGACAUACAGAUCUGGAGCCAGGUUUGGACCACGUGCAAUUAGGGAUGCUUCUCAGAGACAAAGUUCAAUGAGGAGCUUCAAUCAACGUGCUGGAUUGAAUCCAUAUCUUGAUUGGGCCAAGUUCCUUGAUUGCGGAGAUAUGCCAAUCACCCCAAUGGACAAUACCAUUGCAUUGAAGCAAAUGACGUUUGGAUUUGAGGAGUUGAUUCUGAAACGGGAAAAUGUUGACAAGUUUAAUGGACAUAAGACUCCCAAACUGAUUGCCUUGGGUGGGGACCAUUCAAUCACAUUACCACACCUAAGAUCGUUGAAGCAGGUUUACGGACAAAUUGCUGUGAUUCAUUUUGAUGCGCACAUCGACACAUGGUCACCUAAGGCCUUCCCCAAUUACUGGUCUUCGAAUCAGAGUGAUUUCAAUCACGGGUCAAUGUUAUGGAUGGCCCAUAACGAAGGGUUGAUUAGUAACAAUUCCAAUGUACAUAUUGGACUACGUACCAAGUUGAUGGGCACCGACUGGAACGACUAUGAGGAUGAUACCAGACAAGGAUGGACCAGGUACAGCGGAGAUGAUGUGUGGAUCAAUGGAAGGGAAGGACUGGACAAUAUGAUUGAGGAAAUCCACCACCGGAUCGGCGAUCUGCCAACUUUCAUUAGUUUGGAUGUCGACUGUAUGGAUCCGGCAUUCACUCCAGGUACAGGCACAAUUGAGCCCGGCGGAAUGUUACCCCGUGAGGUGAUUUACUUAUUGCGUAGGUUUGACUUGAAUAUUGUUGGCGCCGAUGUAGUUGAAGUUGCACCUGUCUAUGACAAUGCGGAAGUUACAAGCACAAACGCUGCACAAGUUGUCUACGAGAUUGCCACCAACAUGGUGCUCAGAGGGAAGCGGGAGAAGAAAGAAGAGGAGGUGGCAUAA